GAUGUUGCUUAUAUAUAUAUAAAAUAGAAAGGGGUAGAAUGUUUUUCAAAUUCAUGCGUUAGAGGAUGUGUGUGUUGUUUUUGUAACUCUCUCAGGAGUAGUGUCAUUUAAACAGUAGGGACGUUCGAGUACACAUCGUAAUAUACACUCUUGGAUUAUUUAUUGUAUUCAUAUAUAUUACCGGAUUAUUUACUGUGGAGAAAUAAUAAUAAUAAUAAUUGGAACUUUAUGGUUUAAUUCAAAAAAAUAUUUCAACAAACACUUUUGUGAAUACUGAUCAUUGUGGAUUAUAUCUCUAUAUAUUUAUAUACUUGUAUAUACAUCAUAUAUUGACUAUUUAUUGAGUGGAUCAUUAUGCAUAAAGGUCGAUCACGUACCUCUGAUGUAUACAGAGUUGAACAUCUUGUGGAUAAACGAAUACGUGGGAAUCGUACAGAAUAUCUAGUUAAAUGGAAAAAUUGGUCUGAUGAGCAUAAUACAUGGGAACCAGCAAAAAAUAUAUUGGAUAAACGAUUAAUUGAAUCAUACGAAAGACGAGAGAAACGUAAAAAAAAUCAAUUAGCAUCACCAUCCUCAACACCACGUGAUAGAAGUCAUAGUACAGAAAGUCAACGAUCGCCUUUACAUUCUCCAGACAGACACCACCAGCACCAACAGCAACAAGCACAACCACAACCCCAAAAUGUGAAAUCUGAAGAGAAUUUAAAUGCACACGAACCUUCAUCGUCUUCGUCGCCUAUUAAACCCAGUUUAACAUCAAUUGAUCCAAUCCUUUCAACAUUUCUUCCAUCUUCUAGUAAUACUGGUAGUUGUUAUUCAGACUUACCACUUACCAUUAGUAGCACUAGUAGUCAAUCAAUAAAAUCUCCACAUGUCACAUCAACUACCACCACAUCAAUUGAUUCUAUGCCAAGUCAAUGGGAAUUAAGCGAUUUAUGCUAUGAUCGUCGUUUUCGACGGACUACCCUAUUAGUUGCUGCUGCAUCGGCAUCAGCUGCGAAUGCAGCAGCAGCAUUAGCGCAUUCUAGGCUAUCUGGAAGACAAGCACAACAUUCGAGUGCAACUGGGUCGAGUAGUGCUCAUACAACAACAACUACGACAACAACAAUAAAUACUCCUGCUUCGCCUAUUACUAAUACUGCCAGCAAUACUAAUAUUAUUAGUACAACCGCUAGUACAGAAAGUAUUAAUUCGACUGUCAGUUUACAAUCACAAUCCAAAAUGCCUAAAACAGAAGCAGUAACCGCACCACUUCCAGAUGAAAAUAUCGAAGCAAGGCCGAAAAUUCGCCUAACAAUCCCACGUGAUCGUAUCCUACCAUGUCCACCAGUCGGUGUAUCGAGUAACUCAUCAGCCUCUUCAGCUAAUAAUACAUCAAUCAAUAGUUCAUCGUCAUCUUCAUCAAAUCAAUGUUUGGAUGAUUCUGAUCAUUCGAUAUCAAUGACUGAGUCAACAUCGAUUCGACAUGAUGAAGAUGUUAACAACAGUGGUGGAUUAUUUGUUGCCCCAGUGGAAUUACCUCGACGAUGUUAUAAUACAACAACGUCAGCCUUAUCACCGCAUUCCCUAAUGAAUCCAACAGGUGGAAUGCGUUUACCUGACAUACAAAUAGACAAUCGUAGUCAUCUAUACGAUUAUGAUACGUGUAAAUCACCAAAAUGGAAUAAACAGUUACCGUGUACAAAUAAUAAUACUGUUUCAAGUAUGAUGCAACUGCCUAAAUUACUUAUUUCCACCUCGACAAAUUUAUCCUCAACCUCACCAUCUACUCAUGCAUCAACAGUACCUUAUGAUUUUGUAAUAUCAGGAGGAUCAUCAGCAGCAGCGUCAAAGAAACGCAGACGACAAUUUAGUUCAGAAAGUUGUCUAUCCUCACCAUCCCCUGCAUACAGUGUCAUUGUUGAACACGACAUGGUGGUUAAGAAACGUAAACAUUCACAAAAGAAAAAAGAAAAGCGUAAACGUCGUCAUGAACAAAUUUCUGACUAUCAAGAACACCAACAACAUCAUCGUCAUCAUCGGGAGCAUCAUCAUCAUCAUCAUCAAGGUAAAAGUGGAUAUUCGUCAUCUUUUGAAGAUUAUAACGUUUUAAGCAUGAAUAAGAUUCGUCGACGUAGUGGUUCCUCAUCAGCAUCGCAUACCUCAUCUACCUCAUCUUCCUGCUCAUCUUCGGCGUCCUCUUCAUCGACAUCCUCUUUAUCACCAACAGUCCUGUCGAAUACAAUAUCACCUAAUCAAGAUGAAGGAUUUCCUCGACUAGCUCCUUUACGUAUACAUUUGCCUAGAUCCAUUACUUCACAGUUAUCUGCACCAGAGUCUUGUAUAGAUAAUAAUAAUAAUAGUCGAUCAUUUAUUGAUCAUACAAUCACUGGUGGUAGUGGUGGUCAACGAUUAGCAUUUUGUGGAAUGAAUUACAAGAGUACUCAUACAACUAAUAAUAAUAAUAGUAAUAACAGUAAUAAUAGUGUUGUCAUUGAUCAUAAUAGUAAUACAAGUCAUAUUCAAAUAAAUCAUUCAACUAAACGAAUACAUUUAGUACCAGAAAUGUGUAUUACAGAUAUUACAGUGAAUGGUUUAACAAUAAGUAUUAAAGAAUGUAGUGGACCCAGAAACUUUUUUGGUAUACCAACUAGUCAACUUGUUCAGUGUAACUCCGCAUCGUCGAUAAAGAAGGCUGAAGAUACUUCCAGUGGUGAUGAGUAUACCACACCACCGACAACAACAACGACAACAACUAGUAGUACUUCAACAACCACAACGAUAACAACGACGAGUUCAUCAGCUGCCGCCGCUGAUGGUGCUUCUACGUUGAAUAAUACAACUUCAUCAUCGAACACAUCGCCGACAACAAAUAAUUCGAAUUCAUCGACACGUACUGUUAAACCAUUAUGUGUUAGUUUAAAAGAGCAGAAUAUGCUGACGACAAAUACUACCUCGUUGAUAUUGUCACCACCCUCAACAAAGUUAGAAUCAUCUGAAGUUUAUCAGUCCCCACUGACUGAUGAUAGUUUGAUGUCCAGUGGUAUUGUGACUUCAGUUAUUACGCCUAGUAACAAUACAAUGAAUAAUGAUGGUGAUAUGGUUGACGAAAGUGACGUAAAAAAAAACUCACUUGAACAAUAUGCUGAUGAAAAUGUUGCUCCCGGUGUUAUUGAAGAGAUAUCAAGUCAUCAGCGAGUUAGCGUCCUUCAACUGCCUGUUCCUAUUUCAACAUCAUCAUCACCAUUGCCACCGUUAUAUCCUUCACAUUCAAUUGGAUCAUCAUCAUCAUCAUCUCUACAACACCAUCAAUCAUCACCAUAGUUACAUCCUCCUCAUCUGAAUCAGAUAAUUGUCAAACUCAUCGAUUGAGUACAAUUUAUGAAGAUACAGAACCUUCAUCUUCUACAACUUCUUCAUUGAAAUCUGAAAAGACGGCACUCUUGUUGAAUCUCCAAUUAAAACUGAAAGUGUAGUAACAUCUACAUCAAUAACAAUAACACCCCCACCCCCAGCACCACCACAAGAACAACCAGAGAAUACGUCAUCAACUACACUUAACUGUCCUGUUAAUGAUACUGAUCUCGCUAAUCAUUCACAUUCAACAUCCUCUCUUCUAUUACGUGCUGCAACUGAAGCAAUAGCAAAAAGUACAUUAGAUUCACCAAGUUCCCCUGGUUUAUUAAUAUUUCCACCAAGACGUUCAUCUACACCGAUAGAACAUAGUCCAGUUUAUAUAAAUCAAUCGAUAGAAAUCGAUAAGUCAAUAAAUAAUAAUCGUGUAUCAUCAUCGGAUAAUUUAGCAUCUAUGUCUACUAUUACGACUACUACUAUUACUACAAUUAGUGAGGAUAAGAGUACUGUCAUUAAAUCGGUAACUAAAUCAAUACCAAGUACAGAGUCAUGUGUUGUCAAUUUUAAUCGUAAACAUUUAAAUUCAAAAACAACAAUAACAACAUCAACGAUUACAUCAUCACCAUCAACUCGACCUAUGGCAACUAUAUUUGGACAAGUACGUAAUCGUAAUACAAGUAGUGUGAAGUAUUCUGCCAACAGUGGAUUGCAUAAUAUACCACACACUUCUAUGAGUACCACGACCACGACUAGUACCAGUCUCUUGUUGAAUAAUACCUCAGAGAUUGCAUCAACUCGUAAAUCACCUGGGAAGUCAAAACAUGCAACUAUCACAUCGACAGCAUCGAAUAUUUGGAAUAAUUCCACUCCUACUAGUACAACAACAACUGCAACUAUGGAUACUUUAAAGGAUGCAUCUUUAAAGCCUAUUGGUCGAAUAAAUGCUUCACACUAUGAUGAUAGUAUUGAUCGUAAUAACAAUAAUAGUAAUAAGAAAUGUACUGAUCCAAGUAAAAUUUAUACUUUCACUGGGGAAUCUUCGCCUACAUAUAAUCUAACCAAUUGUGAUGAUAAUACAACUUCAUCACCGUUAUCACUGACGUCAUCUCCACGAAAUACCUAUCCCCUCCCAUCUUCUUCUUCAUCUACUUCUUCUGAUCUAAAGUAUGCCAAUGUCAAUAGUUCAAAGAGUUCACGAUCAAGUAAACAUUAUAAUUAUUCAGGAUAUCGUAAUCAUGAUUCACUGAAGAGUUCAACAAUAUCAUCUACGCCAACCCCACCGCCACCCUUAUCAUCAAUAACACAACCAGUAUCAUCCUUCCCGUUAUCAUUUUCAACCGCAUACAUCAAUAAUAAUAAUAAUAA